AUGCCCUUCUUGCGAUUUUCGAGGCGCAAAAUAAUUGUUGCUCUGUUGACCAGCUGCCUGCUUUUCUUGUGGAGCACCCAGACCGCCCUGCACAAGCACACAGUCUUCUUACCAAAUGCGAACGAAAAACCCGUGGUGGUAGACGACGAACCGCGCCGUAACUCUUUUUCGGAAAGCAAUAAUGAUCAAACCAUUUGGGCCCGUGUUCCCCAACGCCACCCUGUCCGGUCUAUGAUUCCGAUCCCUUCUCCUGUCCCGAGCAGUAUCCCCAAGAUACAACAUAAAUUUGGGGAGGAAAGCAGUGAAGCACGAAGGGUGAGGACAGGACGCCUAGACGCUGUGAAGGGGAACUUUACACACGCUUGGAGAGGAUAUAAGACACGCGCAUGGAUGAGCGAUGAGGUUAAACCCAUUUCGGGUGAAGCCCAUAAUCCAUUUGGAGGAUGGGCAGCCACUUUGGUUGAUGCGCUUGACACUCUCUGGAUUAUUGGUCUUCAUGAUGAGUUUGAAGAAGCUGUCCAAGCUAUUGCUAAGGUCAAUUUUAGUCGCUGCGCCUUAGAGGAAUACAGUGUCUUUGAGACAACAAUCCGAUACCUUGGUGGUUUGCUCUCGGCUUACGACUUGAGUGGAGAGAAAUAUCCAUCCCUACUAACAAAAGCCAUUGAGCUGGGCCAAAUGCUUUAUGUAGCAUUUGAUACGCCCAACCGGAUACCCAUUACUCAUCCAAAUUUCAUUGCUGCUGCGAAAGGUGCUGCACAGAAGCCCCAAGAUUCUGCGCUGGCCGCUGAACUAGGGUCUCUGACAUUGGAGUUCACCCGACUCAGCCAGCUAACCAACGACCCACGGUAUUUUGAUGCAGCUCAGCGCCUCAUGGACAUAUUUGAAGAACACCAAAGUCAAACACGAAUUCCUGGUCUGUGGCCAGUUGUUAUCAAUACAAGGAAGCUAGAUUUCACCCGUUAUGGUGGUUUCACGAUUGGCGGUAUGGCUGACUCUCUCUACGAGUACCUUCCAAAGCAACAUAUUCUACUAGGAGGGGCUACUAAACAAUAUCGAAAGCUGUACCAGAAUGCCAUGACAGCUAUUAAACGUCACAUUUUGUAUCGUCCCAUGACAAAAGGAGGAGAAGAUAUCUUACUUCCAGGCAACGUCUGGGCCGACGGUAAUAUCCCCCUCUCUGAGCUAAAGGCCGAUGGAGAAGCACAGCACCUAGGCUGUUUUGCUGGCGGUAUGGUUGCAAUUGGUGCGAAGAUAUUCAACAACCCCGAAGAAGUAGAUAUAGCUCGUAAAUUGGCCAAUGGUUGUGUUUGGGCCUACGAGACAGCAAAUCAAGGGAUUAUGCCAGAAAUCAUGCACACAGUGCCAUGUGAAGACCGAGACAACUGCCCUUGGAAUGAAACUAAGUGGCAUGAGGCAGUCAAUCGAGCUUAUCCUUUCGGGAACGUGCCUGCCGAACAAAAAAUCCGAGCGAAAAAUUUGCCUCCAGGGGUAACAAAAAUUGGCGACGCUAGGUACAUCCUUAGGCCCGAAGCAAUCGAAUCUGUUUUUGUCCUCUAUCGUGUCACAGGCGACCCUUCGUUCCUGGAGAAAGCAUGGAAGAUGUUCAAUGCCAUCGUUGAAAACACUAUUACCGACAUUGCUCACGCCGCACUAGACGAUUGUACCUUACCAGACCCUCCUAAAGCCGAUCGCAUGGAAUCCUUCUGGCUCGCGGAGACACUAAAGUAUUUUUACCUGAUAUUCGCUGAACCGGAUGUGGUAAGCCUGGAUGAAUACGUAUUGAAUACUGAAGCCCACCCAUUGAAAAGAAGCGUAUAA